GCCACCCUAUAAAUUCUAAUUCUCUCUCUCUCUCUCUCUCUAAAACAGAGGAAAGAAAGAAAUUGAGAGGAAAGAAAAUAAGAGAAUGAAUUGAAUGGUGUGUUGUGAGAGUGAGUAGUGAGUGAGAGAGACACACACAGUGAGCGAGCGAGUGAGGUUUCAUGGCGAAGAGAGACGGAGAUGGCGGAGAAGGAGGAGGAGGAGCGGUUGCGGCGGCGGCGGAAUUGAAGGAGAAACUACGGGGAUUGGUGAAGAUGAUUGUGGAGAGCGAUGACUACACUGUUCAAACCGCUGAUGAUGCAAUCGCUACUCUCUCCGCUCUCAAGCUUCUCAAGAAGAACAAGACUCGAGAGAAUCGAACUGCAUCGUUCUCUGACAAAUUCGACCCUCCUACUGAAUUUCGCUGCCCGAUUUCUACCCAGUUGAUGACUGAUCCUGUUAUCUUGUCCACUGGCCAGACUUAUGAUCGGCCAUUUAUUCAGAGGUGGUUGAAUGAAGAAGGACACAGGACAUGCCCUCAAACCCAGCAAGUCUUGUCUCACUCGAUCCUUAUUCCUAAUUUUCUUGUUCGAGAAAUGAUUACGAAGUGGUGCAAGGACCGUGGAAUUGAGAUGCCAAAGCCUGUUCGGGAUGUUGAUGAAGCAGUGACCAAAGCGGAUAGACACCGUUUAAAUUCAUUGCUUCAUAAGUUGUCAUUGUCUCUUUCUGAUCAGAAAGAAGCUGCGAAAGAGCUUCGCCUCUUAACGAAGCGGAUAGCUACGUUUCGAACCCUUUUUGGGGAGUCAGGUGUGAUUGCACGGUUGCUCAGUCCGUUAUCACCUGGCAGGACUUGUGCUGACCCUGAUCUCCAUGAGGACUUGAUCACAACUGUUCUGAAUCUCUCUAUUAAUGAUGAUAACAAAAAAGUGCUUGGAGAGGAUCCAGCUGUCAUUUCUCUGCUUAUUGAUGCCUUGAAGUCUGGAACCAUUCAAACAAGAAGCAAUGCUGCGGCGGCUUUUUUCUCCAUAUCAGCACUUGAUUCCAACAAGCACAUCAUUGGAAAAUCUGGAGCUAUCAAACAUUUGAUUGACCUUUUAGAUGAUGGACAUCCAUUAGCCGUGAAAGACGCUGCUUCAGCCAUAUUCAACAUCUGUGUCAUGCACGAGAACAAGGGGAUCGCCGUGCAAGAAGGGGCUGUUCGGGUUAUUAUGAAGAAGAUCAAGGACAACAUUAUAGUAGAUGAACUGUUAGCCAUACUGGCUCUCCUCUCCACUCAUCCCAAGGCUGUUGAAGAAAUGGGUGAUCUAGGUCCUGUUCCUUUCUUACUGGGUAAUAUUAGAGAGACUACCUCAGAGCGAAGCAAGGAGAAUUGUGUUGCAAUGCUAUAUACAAUCUGUUACAAUGAUAGAACAAAGUGGAAGGAAAUUAGAGAAGACGAAAGGGUCAACGGCACACUGUCUAAGCUUGCACAGUGUGGAACUUCAAGGGCGAAAAGGAAGGCUAGUGGUAUUCUUGAGAGGGUCAAUAGAUUUUUCUCCUUAACCCACACUGCUUGAUGAAUUUAAACCUUGGAAGUUAGAAAAUCAAAAUCAACCCCUUGUAAAGUAAGUUUCAUGUGUUCUUCUGUACAGAACCACCUCAGGACAGGUAGCUGCUGUAAAAAUGGGACAAGGUCACAUAUUUGUUAUACAUCUCCUGCAUACUUUACCUUCAAAUACAAUCGGGCAUGUAAAUGGAUGAGCUGAGUGUUUUAUUUUCUUCUUUAUUUGGUCUCUAUUCUGGUAGUUAAUUCCUUUUUAAAAAAGGAUGCACAUGUGGUACUAUUUUCUCAUUGCCCGUGAUUGGUGUUUGAUAUCUGAAUUUUGUGACUAUUCAUGGUUCCUAGACAACAA